AUGGCCGCUCCAUCAGGCAACCCAGUCGUAUUCUUCGACAUCACCCUCGGCGGCGAACCUCUUGGUCGUAUCAAGAUGGAGCUCUUCGCCGACGUGACGCCAAGAACAGCAGAGAACUUUCGUCAAUUCUGUACAGGCGAGACCAAGAACCAUCUGGGAAAACCUUUGGGCUACAAGGGCAGCACGUUUCAUCGCGUCAUUAAAGACUUCAUGCUUCAGGGUGGAGACUUCUUGAACGGCGAUGGUACUGGAAGUGCCACUAUCUACGGGACCAGCAGCUUUGCAGACGAGAAUUUUCAGUUGAGGCAUGAUCGAGAGGGACUGUUGAGCAUGGCGAACUCUGGUCCUAACACCAAUGGCUGUCAAUUCUUCAUCACGACUGUGCCAACGCCGCACUUGAAUGGGAAGCACGUUGUUUUCGGCAAAGUGGUGGACGGCUUAGACGUGGUCAAAAAGAUUGAGAACGUACGCACCAAACCUGGCGACCACCCACAACAAAACGUGGUAAUUGCGCAGUGCGGCGAGAUGUGAGACUUCCGGGAUGUCUUUGCCGUGUCCGUACUGAGCUCAAUUCGCUAAAAUGUGCACAACAAUCCUGUCAAGGCCAGGACUGCGUAAAGAUUUAGCUCGGCGGAAUUGUGCCGCUGGCAGUCCUUGAAGUCGUCCAAGCUGGUCAGCAUGGUCCUUGUCUGUUUGGGAUCAAUCGUCAAAUUCAUCCAUACCAGGCAGCACCACCGGAUGAAUCGCAUCGGAACAAGUCUGCCGGCAUGUUAGCGUGCAUCCGACAUUCCAUCCUAGAGGUCUAUCGCUUUCUCCUCGACACUAAUGCCUCUUCUCAUGCCACAGACUUGAUCCUCAUCAUUUCUGAGACUGAUCAUACAACAACUGCAGUGGGCUGGAUGAUGGAAAGCAGAAUGAAACGACAUCUUCUGCCUGGAGUAUAGGCGUGGACCAUUGUCUGCGGAAGACUCACACGACUUGAGGUGGAGCCAAUGGAUCGAUCAUACGAUAGCGAAGAUCCUGAGCUUGGAGCCAUUCUUCGUGGUCCUAUUGCCAUGCUAAUGCAAAAGAACCUCUGCCUCAGGCCACAAAGGUCUCCGCGAACAAUCCCGAAGUAUCUUACCAUCAAG